CCUUUCCUUAAGGUUCUCUGGUGGUACAACCACCAAUAAACAAACCCUAAUUUUACUCCGAUUUUGCAAUACUUGAGCUCUAGAUUGAAGAACAUGGGAGGAAAGUGUCCUCACAGAAGCGUAAAAAAGCGGAGAUACUCACACAAGACCGCUCGGCGAACGAAAUUUCUUGUCAAAGGGGAUGAUAUGGUUUACAAUGAAUUAGCGAAACCUGAGGUAGAGAGGCCUUCUCUUCCUGUCGAUGAAGAUUUGCCUGGAAUGGGGCAGUACUACUGCCUGCACUGCGACCGAUACUUUGCGAAUGUGUCUGUGAGGGAUGAGCAUUUCAAGACCAAGCGUCACAGGAAGAGGGUAAAACUAAUGUCAGGUCCUGCACCUCACACGCAGCUGGACGCCGAGCUUGCUGCUGGUAUGGGCAUGCCUGAUAAUGGUCCAAAGCUUAUGGCAAUGUGAGCUUAUUACGUAUCAUACAACUUAAACAUUUUUGGUACUGUAAAGAGCUUAUAGUGAGGUUUGUUUCUCGUUUAACUAACAAGAUCGAUUUUGUAAAAUACUAUUUACUGGCAAUGUAUUUUAUUUGAAGAGUUCUUUUAA